AGAUAUUGUGGUGCUCUUCGGUGGCCUGACCUCCAUGAGAAACAAGACCUAUCAACUCUAAUCUUCACAGGAUUUAAUAAGUAAACCCUUUACCUCCACUAAAAUGAAGACAUUCAGCAUUGCUGUUGCAGUGACACUCAUGCUCGCCUUUAUCUGCAUUCUGGAGAGCUCCGCCAUUCCAUUCAAAGAGGUGCAAGAGCUGGAAGAAGCAGGGAGCAAUGACACUCCGGUUGUGGCACAUCAAGAGAUGUCAAUGGAAUCGUGGAUGAUGCCUAAUCACAUCAGACAGAAGCGUUACAGCUAUCUCUCCCUCUGCCGCUAUUGCUGUGCCUGCUGCAAGAACUACAAGGGCUGCGGCAUGUGCUGUAGGUUCUGACGGGUCCUGUGAUGACCACUAAAAUGUUAAUUUAUUACUCUUUUCCUCUUACCACAAGGGAAGACUUUUCUUGACCUCUUGAACUGUUUUGUUUCACUUUGAAGAGGCAUGAUUAAUGGAAGAGCACUGCAGUAAAAGGUAUCUUUUGUAUUUAUUUUGUACAUUUGUAACACUUUUAACCUAAAGUUCUUUUGUAAGCUCAACAAUGUCAAGUUGUUUCCAACAGUAAUCCAGAUGUGACUGUUUCUUUGUGUAAAGUGUCUGUAAUAAAUAAUGUAUAUUUGAAGCAACUGCA